CGGUUCAGUUCAUUCUUGACUUUCGAACGGUUUGGGUGUUCUUUCGGACCUUUUCCGCUGGUAGUGAUUUGGUGAAUUUAACGAUAGUUUUCUAUUGAAAUUUACAGAGUGUGGAAGAAGUUUACAACAGCACAACAGCAAUAACUUUCGCAUGAAAGCUACCGGUUGGACUUUCAAUCUGUCCCGGCACAAUAAAUCCAUGUUGGGCACUACCCUACAUUAGUAUAUGUUUAAUUAUCGUUGAAAAACUGUGUACAUUUGUGAGAAGAGUAGAAAAACACGUACCCAAUCAGCGAACCGUGUACCCAACAGUAGUGUGUAUUGCGAAAGCCAGCGGCCGUGUCAAGUGUUUGUGCUUCCAUGAGUCAAACGCUCAAUGUGUGUUUUUCCGACUAUUUCUAAACAUCGAAGAAAAAUCAAUCCAGAUUAAACGUUCCGACCGCCGGCCGACCGACCGAUAGCAAAUAGUGAACCUGCAUCCAGCAAUAGCAACAACAAAAGCAACUUAAAACGCAACCGGUUCCUGCCCGCCUGCUCGCUUGCCUGCCUGCCUGAUCGACGGCACGCCAAACGAGGACGGGGGUAAAAAGGUUCAUUAAGCAACACCGACAACUCCAAAAAGGGUUAGAUGGCAGAUAAUUAAUACCCGAUGAGAGCUGUACGAGAGGAAAAUGGUGAAGCAUAAAAGUCCCUUUUGCUUCCGAUUAUCCGACAUUCUAACGGCAUCGUUCCAGUUCCGCAGUUGGCCAAGAGCAAAAGUACGCAGCAGCCGCGCAGUGCAGUGGAAGACAGUUCAGCUACUGUUGGUUCUGCUCGUGUAUUUUAAUGGAUUCACCAGUGGCAGCUGGUGGCGUGUGGCUGACCUUUCGUUGGACGUUAAGCAUUUCCACCGCGAUAACCGGAGUUUCGAAAUCUGCAAUGACAACACUUUCUUCACACAGCAUCAGCGGGAAAUCUGCUACAAUAAUCCGGAACUGCUGAAGGUGAUCGUAAAUGCUGCAAAUAUUGCUAAAUUCGAGUGUCAAAACUACUUCCAGAACAGUAGAUGGAACUGUUCGGUCAAGCGUGGAUCUGAAAUCCUCUAUGGCAAUUUCGAUGAAAAAGGAAAUCGCGAAACCGCCUAUCUCAGCGCUAUAAACUCAGCUUCGUUGGCCUGGACGGUCACCAGGUACUGCACCAAAGGUGAGCUGACUAUGUGCACCUGCGACCACAUCCAGCGCAAGAAGCACAACAAGUGGACCUGGGGCGGCUGCUCUGAAGAUGUCAACUACGGCAUCAAGCAAGCACGACAAUUCGUCGAUCCGCAGGAGGAUCGCUCUACGAGCUUUGGAUUGAUGAAUCUGCACAACAGUGAGGCUGCUCGAAGAACAUUGCGAGCUAAAAUGCAGAAAGUAUGCAAGUGCCACGGAAUGUCCGGCUCGUGUACAACACGAGUUUGCUGGCGACGGUUACCACCGAUGAAACUGAUGGCAGAAACUCUUGGUUCAAUGUUCGAUGCCGCUGCUCUAGUCAAACCGGUUGAAAAUAAAGGCGUCAUCAAGAAGCUCAAGCGAAAGGAUUCGCAGUACAAAAAAGUGAAUAAAUCCGAUCUGGUGUACAUUGCUGAUUCACCCGAUUAUUGCGAGGAAAAUGAUAGCUUUGGUAUUUUCGGCACAAGAGGACGCUUCUGCAAUCGGACCUCCUACGGUAUCGAAGGUUGCCGGUUACUGUGCUGCGGCCGCGGUUACCAAACGCGAAUCCGCAACGUUGAGGAAAAGUGCAACUGCAAGUUUGUCUGGUGCUGCUCGGUUAAGUGUGACACGUGCAGCGUCCGAAAGGACGAAUACAUCUGCAACUGAACAAGCAGCAACAUACGCGUGACUUACCCCGCCCACUAAAUAAUACCCAAUGACGGAGAGGAGACAUACGGUAACAAAUUGAUCGAUGUAAAUUAUUGCCAUUGUUUGCUGCGACUAGAGGAGAGUAUUCCGACAAAUUCAUUGCACAAUUUAAUCAUGUCAUUCGUCUCAAACUUUUGUAUAUUUUUGAAGAAAUAUUUAAACGAUAAUGUAACGCAUUCUGGAGUAGGUAUUCUCUGUGGACUUAACAUGUCAAUGUAUUGUUUAGAAGAAUACACGAACGAACAGAUCGAAUUUGCAUAUAUGACAUACGUGCUAAUUGCUUGUUGUAAUUCAUCAUUUUUAACAAAGAAAUUUAAACAACGAAAGUCUAAGCGUUUCCAGUAUUUUUAUAACCACUUUACGGUAAGAACACAUUUGCAUUCUGUGAUUUCUUUUUGUUUUGUAGUAACGAUUUUAUUUAAUAACUUAGCGGAAGUUUUAGUCCUUAAGUGUAUUGCGUAAGACUAGACUAUAAGACAGCCAAAUAUACCGAUAGCGAUGGAGAAUAACUUCAACUAGCCAAAACGAACAGAAGAUAGUAUUUCUAUUCCCUGCAUAUUCAAAGCAAAUCAUCGAAGGUAAAAUGCAAAACUCACUGAAAGUACUCUCUCGUGAAUUGAAUCCAAAGUAAUAUUUAGCCAUCCUGUAUAAAUCAAAUGAUCGUUGUGUUACACCAACCAUUUAUAUAAGUAUUAAUUGAAAUUAUCGAAUAAAGGAAAAAAAUAAAGCUGAUCACCCUGGUAAUCGCAUACACCA